GAACGUGGCCUCGCAUACUUCGGAGUGUGACUACGGACUCCGGGCUCCGUAGGACAAUACCGAGCACUGUUUCUCCGGCAGAUUUUCCUUCAAUGGCCACGGAGAAUUACGAUUUCAGCACCCACGAUACUACCGUCGAGUAUGGGCGCUAAAUAAAUGGACUAUCAUGGGGUGAUGCUCCGAAUAUCUUGCCUGACAGAUCGUGGCCCCGGCCGGGUCUACUACAUACUAAGUACAUGGUAGUUACCCUCAAACCGACCAACUCGCAACGCUGGCUGCGAUGUGAUCUUCAGCAGCGUUUUGGGGGCAGAACGAAAAUCGUUGCCAGCCUGAAGGCAAAUCACGGGCCUCGGCGGGAAACACGCCGCGCGUCGCGCUCGCGACAAGAGCAUUUUCUUGGCUCUGUGCAUCCCCAACAUUCUCUGGCGAGUCGCUGCCAAGCCACAAAGGAAAAUAAAAGAAGAGAGGAGAGAACACAAGAGCAGGAAAGACAGGAAAGGGAAGGGAAAGGGAACGUAACGGGCGGAAGGCGCUCUAGAUCAUCAUCCACAAGCGGGCAAAUAGCUCACCGAACUAUUGAGUUGACUGAGCCACUAAGAAGCAGAUCGUGCGCGCCUCCCGCACUAACUUGCAUGAACUACUCGUCGCUCGCCGUCCUCUCACAGUUCAGUGACGAGGUCGGAGGUCCUCGACUCGCCGCCCCCCUUGCUGAAGCCUCUCUGAUGGCCGCGUGCGGUAUGUUCCACGACGAUGGGUCUGGGACACAGGAUUUCCUUGGGCGUCACGUUUUUGUUGAAAAAAAAAAAGAAAAGAAAAGGAAAUCCCCUCUGUGACCAUAACGCCGCUGUACCAGGACGGUGGCCGGUGAAGCUGCACAGAGUGAUACCGAAAAUCUCCCUCGAAAGCUUCAUGUGAAGGCCACCGGCGGCGUGCGACCACGCUGAGCGCCCUGCUCUGGUUGAGUGUGUAUCCCUCGGGGGGGGCAAACCGACUGGAUGGCGGCAUUCCAAAUAGUACGUGAGGAUUUACAAGCAUUGGUCCAAUAGUGAUCCGAGCGUCACCUCUAGCUAGAGGAUGACAUCUGGCCACUUCAUGGGGGUUCCCAGCUUCCCAACCGGUGCAGCAGUGGGCGAUUGAUGACUCCGUAGAUGGACGUCAUGCCGAUGUUAGCGAAUACGGUGGCCCAAAUACUACCAUCAUUUUUGGUUUUUUUCUUUUGGUUUUUUCUUUCUUUUUUUUUUUUUUCUUU